ACACGACACUUAACAAUUAGUAUCACUGACACAGUACUUUGGGCAUUAACCUCUUUGCUCCGGUUAAAAAACGAGAGAGAGAGAGACCGAGACCACAGCUCCCGCUCGCGAUCUCUCUCAAUAAAACAAAUAAAAUUAUUGUACUCAACCCUCGCUAGAUAGAUCUGCAGCUUUGAGCAAGUCCUCGUGAAUCAAGCAAUCUACUCAAUUCUCAUCACACUGUUAUCUUUUUCUAAUUCGCCAAUUGAAAGCGAGUUGAUAUGGUAUUAGUUGUUGAAAAAACUUGGGGAAGAUAACAGGGAGGCAUCUCUUUAAUUUAGAGGCUGCAAAAAUGUCAUCUGGCGAAGUUGAAGAUAGUAAGGUGCUGGAAAUGCCGGUAAAAGAUUCCUUAGAUGCUGAUACUGUUGACAUAAAUUAUGAAAACGUUGAACAUCUUCCCAUGAAGAAUGAAAGUCAUGCGGAAGAUGUUAUAAAUGCUGAGGAAAAUCAUACUGCUUCUAGUUGUGAGAAUGAUGCUGGUCUACUCACAGAGAACAAAUAUCUUGUAGAAGAUGCUACAAAAACGGAUAUAAACCCAAUUGUCGCGAAUCAAAAGCAUGAUGCAGAUCUGUCCAAGGAGAAUGGAUUUCAAGAUACUAAACCACAUGAUAUUCAUACGCAAGAUCAACUUCUAGAAAUGGUUUUAGAACUUUCUUUCCAGAUCGAUUACAUGAAAUCUCAAUUUCAUGAGUUAAAUAGAGUCCAGUUGAAUUUUGAUGGUCAUUACCCAUUAGAGAGAGAAAUUCGUCAGGAUGAGGAUGCAAAGACACUAAAUUUAAAGAUAGAUACUCUUAAUAAAGAACUUAUGGAAGAAAGACAAACACGAGGUGCUGCUGAGGAGGCUUUGAAGCAUCUUCGAGCUGUUUAUUCAGAAGCAGAUGCAAAGUCGCAAGAGCUUUCUGCUAAACUCGCUGAAGCUCAACUGAAGAUGGAUGAACAACUAAAAGAGCGAGAUGUUAAGUAUUCUGACCUUGAUUCCAAAUUCAGUAGGCUUCACAAACGUGCUAAACAGCGUAUUCAAGAGGUUCAGAAGGAAAAAGAAGAUAUUGAAGCUCAGUUUCGUGAUGUCAAUGAAAAGUGUGAGAGGGCAUUGUUGCAACAGUCUACUUUGCAGGAGGAACUGGAGCGAACACGCCAACAAACUAAUGAAACACUGAAAGCUAUGGAUAUUGAGAGGCAACAAUUGAGAAGCGCAAACAAUAAGCUUCGAGAUAACCUAGAAGAGUUGCGCCGUUCUCUCCAACCCAAAGAAGAUGCUAUUGGAGCGCUACAAAAUUCAGUCUUAGAAAAAGAACAGCUUUUGGAAAAUAUGCAAGAGCUACUACAAGCAGCCGAAGAGAAAAGAAAAGCUUCGAUGACUGAACUCUCUUCUAAACACCGAAAGCUUGUAGAAAGUUAUGAAGCUCAAGUUGCUGAUAUGAUAUCAGAAAGAAGCAAAGCAACCGAAACUAUCUCUUCUUUGCAGAAAAUGGUUGCAGAGAGGGAGUCAAAAAUUGCAGAUAUGGAUGCAGCUUCAAGCGGUGAAGUAGCGCGACUUAGAGCUGCUAUUGACACUGUGAAGGGAGAACUUGCGCAACUUAAUCAAGAGCAUGAGAAAGAAAAAGAGAGUUGGCAGGCCGCCUCAAAGUCACUCAAUUGGAAGCUGGAGACUGCAGAGAGUAACUGCAUUCGUGCAGAAAUUGAAGCAGCUAAAAUGAAAAGUCUGCUAGAAUCGGAGUUGUCUGCCAAGACUCGAUUGCUAAACACGAGAGACGCUGAGUUACUGACUGCAAAAGAGGAGAUCACGCGGUUGGAUGGUGAAUUUGCAUCUUACAAGGUGCGUGCACAUGCACUUCUUCAAAAAAAGGAUGCCGAGCUGGCUGCUGCAAAAAAUAAUGAACUACUCAAAGAUCAGGAAGAAGCAUUAAAAGAAGCGGAGAAAGAAAUCUUAGCGGUAUCUGCUGAGAGGGAUAAGGCACUUAAUGAUCUAAAGAAUGCUCUGGAUGAUCAUGAUAAGGAACUUUCUUCAAGAGAUUCAGCCCUAUACAAAGCAGAGCAGCAGAUCAAGAACAUGGAAACAAAGCUGAAUUCUCUCCUUUCUAGCCACGCAUCAGAGAAGGCCAAGUGGGAAAAGAACCAGCAAAAUCUAGAGGAAGCUUGGAGAUUGAGAUAUGAAGCAUUGAAGGCUCAAAACCAGCUGGCAUCCAGUGAAAAUCCUCAGAAAGAACUGGAGAACCUUAAGCUGAACUUUAAAAAAUUGAAAGAAGAACAUGACUCAUUUCGUGAUCUCGCUGAUAAAUUGAUUGAAGAGAAAGACACAGAAAUUUCUAGACUUUUGAAUGAUAACAAGAACCUUCAUCAGUCGCUAUCUUCUAAAACAUUGGUCAAUAGCUUUGAUAACCAGAACACAGUUCCACAGAAACAGGAUUCAGCAAGCUUUAGCACCUCAGCUGCAGAACAUCAGAUUCUGAUUCUGGCACGACAACAAGCUCAGAGAGAGGAGGAGCUUGCUCAAUCCCAAAGACACAUUCUUGUACUUCAGGAGGAAAUUGAGGAGCUUGAACGAGAAAAUCGUCUGCACAGCCAACAGGAAGCUAUGUUGAAAGAAGAAGUGCGAAAUAUGGAAAGAAUGCAGAAGAGGGGAGGAGUAGAUAUGACCUACCUUAAAAAUGUUAUCUUAAAGCUUCUUGAAACAGGUGAGGUUGGUGCCCUACUACCAGUGGUUGCAAUGCUCCUUCAGUUUAGUCCAGAAGAGAUGCAAAAGUGUCAACAAGCAUACCGAUCUUCGGCUGAAGUCCAGUCAACCCCAGGAACUGAUGCUACAGGUUCUGGGCUCUCACUUUUUUCACGAUUCUCAUUUUCGUGACACAUAAGAUGAACAGAAUAUAUGUUCUUACAUAGGACCAUCGGCAAGAGCUCUGGACUUGAUAGUUUGAUUGCUUAUGUCAGUACAAAAACAGUUCUCAUUACUUGUAUCUUUUGUACAAAAGGACAUGUGCUUAACAGAACAAUGUAGAGUUGAUUACAGAAGUUAAUAGAACAGAAUAUAGUGUGCCAAUGUCUAGUAGGUGGCCAGACACCAGCGCCAGAAUUUUGUAUUGCUUGUUCCAUAUAUAUAUACAGAGAUGAUACAUUCGUUGUUA